AUGCCGUUCUCCUGGGCUUUUCGGGUCCCCGACAGGGUUCGAAUGCUCCCUUGGUUGUCGUUGUUCGUCCCAGUGCUGCUGGGCAUUGCUGGCCUCAUCGGCAAUGUGACCAUCCGCUCCCUGGCCAUAGGCCACCCAGUCUCGAACUGGUCUUCCUGGGCUGACCCCCAAAUGCUGGUGUCCGGAAUUGGCACGGUGUGCGUGGCCGUUCUUACGUUCGGGUUCACAGAGGGAGCCAAGACAUCGUUUUGGGUGCGCGCGCGCAAAGGCAUGCCUCUUAGCGACGUACAUUAUGCCUGGGAGAGCACGACGAGCGUGGCAGAAGCCGGUAAGGCUAUCUGGCGUGGAAAGUCCCUUUCAGUAGCCUGGUUGACUAUUCUUUUCGUUGCCGCAAUCCCCGUCAACGCGUGGCUCUGGGCCCACUCUCUCUACCAGGGCGAUGUUGCUCUGAGCUAUAACGGAACGGCAAAUAUCCAUAUCACCCCCAAGAUCUUGCCUCCGUUUCCUUUGACGUUAACUAUCAAUCGCCCCAUCAUGACGGCAUACCGGGAGCACUUGGCAAGUACAGCCGUUCAGUUCCCCUCUACCGUUUGUGACAAAUGCUCGGUGGACACUCUUACGAAUGAGGCUAAUAAGUUCCGCAGCAUGGACGACUUGAUGUUCUCCCACUACCAGGAUUUCCUGGGCAGUUCUUUCUUGCCUCUGCCGCGCCAACCCAAUCUAUAUGAAGGCUGUAUGGGGCUAUUUACCAAGUUGGGCCAAAGUCUGUACGGCACCAGAUUUGGCGCCAUGCGUGAUAUGUAUUGGUGGCACUAUGAGGAUGACGCUUUUGGUAUGGGCUAUCAAAGCCAUAUCGCAGCCGCUUACGCCCGGAAGCCCGAUAUCCAGUCUAGCAGUACCUGGGAACACCCAUGCGAUGUCGAUUUUUUGUCGCCAAUGGACGACAUCCUCGAUAUGUACCGGCAAUUGGCCAUCAGAGUUUCGGUAAUCGCGGCCGUACACCAAAACGACACCCAAUACGUACCAUUUGUUGGGGAAAGAACAGAGCGCCAGUGGUUGGCGAACAAAAAGCGCGCACAGCUCUGUUUUCAUUCGGCCAUGAUCACACAUAUCGUUGGCAUUCUGCUUGUUGUUUACCUGCAUUGGGAUUUCUGGAAGCUUGAUAGGGAGUAUUCAAUGAGCCCACUGGAGCUCAUGAAUGCCGUGGCGCAUUGUUCAGAUGAAAGUACCCGAAGUCUUCUGCAUAUCUUACGAGAAGCUGAGGACAAUGCUUCGGCAUCAAGACUGAAGGAGUUUGAUAUCGUCGGUAAAGGAGGCGUUUUUAAUAAGCUUCUUAAUACCCUCUAA